UGUUGCAUCACGCUCCUCAUACGCAAUCCAAUUCCAUGGAUUACGUAACACAAACAGCCUCAGGAGCAAUUAGCGCAUGCUGCACGGCAGGUGACUCUGCUACGCCGCCUGCAAUGGUGAUACGAUCUGGCCUGCCGACGAGGGAAUCGGCAGAAUCGAUGGAGUUCCGUUGUUCGGCUCUGCCGGCCACGCCACAGACGCACGGCACUGCGCCGAGUAGUCAUGAUGAGUCGCCAUGCCCAGGGCCGUUGCCUGCUAUAAAUCCCACAAGGUUGGCUCAGGUGACUCCGCUGCAAGCCGUGUCCCCGGGAACCAUGGCAACGCCUGAAGCGGAGAGGACGUACACGCACGAUCCCUUGUUGCCAGAGACAAUCGUGCCAAAUGAGGAGUUCCGUUUUGACAGCAAAGAUGAAGCCGAAGAAUUUUACAAGUUCUACGCGGGCAAGGCAGGAUUUGGUGUUCGCAUAACCAGGACUAGAACUACUGUACUGGAGUUAUCGUGUAAUAAACAAGGGCACUGGGAUUACUACAAGCCGGGUGAGGAGAGGGUACGUGAGAGAAUGUCCAUGAGGUGUGAGUGCAAGGCUUUUGUGAAGGUUAAAUGGAACAAGAAAAAGGACUAUUGGUUCUUUGAGAGGAAAAGGUUGGAGCACAACCAUCCACUGCAUCCAUCACCAAGUGUAACGCAAUACCUGAGGUUGAAGAAGAACAAAGACCCAAUAGUCAUGGAGGUUGUUGAUCAGAUGCAUAGGUGUGAUGCUUCCCACAACACUACAGUAAAUGUGUUGUCUGAGUUAUAUGGUGGGAGGCAAAACUUCACAUUCACUGAGAUGGACUUGAGAAAUAGGAAAGCUGCAGCUGCGAGGGAGGAGAGGGAAAAUGAUAUACCGAAGCUGCUUGAGUUCUUUAGUGAGAUGAAGGGCCAAAACGAAUAUUUCUACUAUGAGGUGCAGGUGGAUGAGCAAAAUGUGAUAAAGAAUGUGUUUUGGAGCCAUGCCAGCCAGCGUGCAGAAUAUAGAGAUUUUGGAGAUGUCGUUACAUUCGACACGACGUACAAAACCAACGUGUAUAGCAUGCCUUUAGCUAUGUUUGUUGGGUCAAACCAUCAACUGCAGAACGUCGUGUUUGGGCAAGCACUGUUGCAGGACGAGCAAGCUAACACUUUUGAGUGGCUGUUUAGGGCAUUCCAAAACUGUAUGACUGGAAGUCGCGACCCAAGAUGUAUACUUACAGGUGAGAAAUCGUUGAAAAUGAUUUUCUUGAGUACCCACAAAAAGAUGAAUGUCUGGUAA